AUGUGGGAAGACGCACAUGUCAGACUUUUGGUAGAUGAAAGAAAAAAUAGAAACGAUGAAUUUCACUUAAUUAGAAAGAAGAAGGCACCUUUUUGGAACAGUGUCGCUGAAAAAAUAAACAACAAGUUUAAUACAACGUAUACAGGAAAGCAAUGUACUGAAAAGUUUUCGCAACUGGUUCGAGAAUUUAAUCUAAUGGUACUUUACAGAAGUGAAGAUGGUGGUAAAAGCACUCAUUAUGGUCAAAUAUAUUUUGAUGAAUUUCGAACACAUUUUUGGUUACGUUCUAGUGAUCAAUAUAACUAUGAACAUAAUUUAAAUAAGUCUAAACAUUAUUUGAAACAGCAAUUAAUUCCACCAACUACACUUUCUUUGCAACAUCAUGCAGUUUUAUCUCAAUAUACAAUAACAUCAUCUUCUCAGCAACAAGGAAUGCCAUCUUCUCAGCAUACAAAUGUAUCUCAUUCUCAAUAA